AUGGCACAGCACAAGAGUUUCUCUUCCUCUUCAGUCUCAAACCGUCCCAUCUCUCUCUUAAAUGGUCUCCUUCUCCUGGUUUCUCUCCUCCUUCUCCUCGGUGUGUUCUUACCCUGGGCAGGAUCUCCCUUAUUCCCGUUUCCAAACGUAAGCUCUUCUUCUUCUUCUUUGCCAUCUAACUGGCGCGACUAUUCCCUCUCUCAAGCGGCUGAGUUUGUCGCUAAGGACGGGACUGUGAUCAUCUGCGCCGUUAGCUAUCCCUUCUUGCCUUUCCUCAACAACUGGUUGAUUAGUGUCUCGAGGCAGAACCAUCAAGACAAAGUCCUCGUGAUCGCUGAAGAUUACGCUACUCUCUACAAGGUUAACAAGAAGUGGCCUGGUCAUGCCGUUCUCAUUCCUCCAGCGUCGAUUCUCAGACCGCACAUAAGUUCGGUUCCCCGGUAA